AUGUCUUCGGACUCUGGAGAGAAGAAGGGAUCAUUGAAUACAUUUUCCCGCGAAUGUGAGCCCGGGCAAGCUCAGCAAAAGAGUAUAGAGAUGGGGCAACAUGUUGAUCAACAAGCCAAGCCAGAAGGCCCAAACCCAGCCCUGGCUAAGGUGUUGCCAGACUUGAAUACCGUAUCAAUUCCAGUGAUGGUUGACGCCCUCAGGCGGUUACGGAUGCCACAACAGAAAGGCAAUUCUAGUCUCCCUACCAACAGAUAUUUAAGAAUCCUGAAUAUCGUUAGAUUUCUUCUCAGACACCGCAACUAUCCCCCUGAUGCUUUGAUCUAUGAGAGCCUGAUGACUGCUAUGGCCGACCCACAGGGGUCUAGCAAAGGAGUUCGCAAAUUAUUGGACGAUAUGACUUUUCAAAAUGUCCCGCUUACUGCGGAUAUUUGCUACCUUGCUCUCGAAGCUCUUAGUGUACACCCAGACUAUAUCCUGCGGCAAGAAGUUGUGCAGAUAAUGGAGCAGCACUGGUUCGAAUUCACGAUGCCUGCCAAACAAAGUAUUGCCGUGGCGAUGUUACGAGAAGGCCAGUUUGAAUUGGCUUUGAGUAAGUUCGACCAGCUUUUAGAAGAGCCAGGACAUGUGGAUCUUUGGGUUUAUGAUAUCUUUAUUCUGGAGUUUGGCAGAGAAGGGUUUUUCGACGAAAUGCUUCACGUCCUCAAGAAGCGAAAGUUUGCCCACGGUUCCGACAGUGCUUUCAGAAGUAUCCAGCUGAUGGCCUUGGACAUGUUCAGCCAGGGUUUCCACCACGAAGGAACAACUUUCGUAUGGCGAGAUGUUGUCAAUAUCCCAGUUCACAGCCCUUCCGGUGGUAUUAUUGAGAACGUUCUGGCCACCGGGGCCAGGCACGGUGACAUUGAACUCGCCCGCCAAGCUCUUCAGAAGCUGGCGGUUCGUGGCAAGCCUCGCCAGCGGCAUAAUGAUGCUAUGGUAGAAGCGUUCGCUAAUUCGGGGGAUGUGGCGGGUGCGCUUACACUUUUGAAUCUGCAACAGGACAAAGGGCGCAUCCUUCUCCGAGAAACCACAAUGCCCGUUCUACGGGCUUUACUCAAGAACCGCAAUCUUAUUAGCGAAGCUGAGGCUGCUAUUCAAAGCAUGCGCAAAGAGGGGCCUGUUCCCCAGGAAGUCCUUAUGGUUACGAUCGAGGCUCUGGCUCGAACCCGAGCUUCAGAAGCUGCUAUGCACCUUUUCAAUGACAUGCACCUCCUCACCGGGAAAAGUCCCCGACUGUCAGACAUUGGGCUUCUUCUUCGUCAUGCCAGCCAAACAACGACGCAGUAUGACCUCGCAGUGGCUUACAAUUCCGAGCUUGCCAAGAUUGACACCACCUCGAUGUCAAUAGGGAAUGAGAAGACUAAGAACGAUCAAGGCAAUGACGAUGCCACAGUCCCCGAGACUUGGAUGGACCAAGUCGAAGCGGGCCCUGCCUUUGACGUGAUAAUCCCAGCCUGCGCACAGAUGGGCGAUUUUGACCUGGCGUUCAAGUUCAUUGACUAUGCCAAGAAUGCAGCGCCUGAUUACCCUGCCUGGAGGUCUGCAAGUUGGGUCGAGCCAUUCAUCAAGCUGGCCCUCGAUGCAGAGCACCCUGGAGUGUGGAAGAUUGUCGACCUAUUAGACCAAGGCCAAGACGCACCAGCUACGAUGGUACGAAAGGAGCUUCAACGACGGCGCAUUCAGAAGAGAGCAAGCAGUUGA